AUGUCGGCGUCGCCUUCCUCGUCCGCCGACGACUCGAACUCGGACGCGAGAGAGCACCUCACCGACAUCGGCAGCCGCGCGUCGACGCCAGCCGACGCCGUCGCCGUUGCGCGGCAGCAGCAGCAGCCGACCGAGUCCGGAGCCGGUUUCACGAUCAAGAACAUUCUCGGAUUGUCGCACGACGCGCAGCGCGGCGACGGUAAGCGGUCGUCAUCGCCGACGCACGUCGUCGGCGCGUACGACAGCACGGCGACGCUCGCUAACCGCUGCGGGACAGGAGCGCAUGCUGAACUGUUGAAGCCGACGCCGCUCAUACGCACGCCCGUCGGCGCCGGCUACUCGUGGAUUCCGUCGGCAGCGUCGUCGGCGUCGCCGUACGGACUCGGAUUCUCGCCGUUCGCCUAUCACCUGCAGUCGACACACUUUCCGAAUCCGCAGGCGCCGGUUUCCGCACUGCCGCCGAAUCCGUUUCUUUACGGAACGUUCUUCGGUCGCCCGAUACCCGUUAAUGGUGGACCUAAACCUCCCGCCGGCAAGCGGUCACGGAAACCAGGCAUUGACAGGAAGCCGAGACAAGCAUACUCCACGAAGCAGCUGGAGAAGCUGGAAGAAGAGUUCAAGACAUCAAAGUGCCACACCCUGUUCAUGCAACAAGGCAAUCGAUUUACUUUAAUCAGGACAAAAUGGAAGAAGCAGAUGACAGCGAGGUUGAAGAUAGCACAGCGACAGGGGCUGUGGGCGUCUCCUGCAGGUGCCUUCCUCGCUGCUCCACCGCAGUACUCAGCCUCCCCGUUCUUCAACAUGUACAGCUCCGGGCCAAGUCUUCAGCAGUUGGCUUCAAUGGGACUCGACCUGAGCGAUAUUCCGAUAUCGGAGCCAGCUCCAUCUACAGACAUGUCAGAUUGA